GACGUUGCGGGCAAAAGCCCUUCGUCAGGGAUACUCUUUCUUUCUGCCCACUACCGAAAUAUUCGUUAAUAUUGCGAAAAUUCCGUAUUCAGUCCUUUGUAACAAGCAAAAUGGCAUUAUUAAAGUACAAGACUAUGUUUUUCACUGUAAGGACUGUUACCUGUAGAGCAUGUGGUUGUUUGCAACAAGUACAGCAUUUACUAAAAACUUAUUCGCAUGACACAAGAUUUCUUGAGCGUCUCCCACCAAAAAAUCAGUCUCCACUCAAGCUGGCAGAAUAUUCGACCUAUUGUGGCAGGACAGAUCGAUAUUUGUCUGCAGUUGCCUGUUCAGUACUCAGAAAAGAACAGCAGAGGCCAAUAUCCAGGGUUGACUUUCUGGACAUGGAAGACAUUGAAGAACUAACAAUCAAGGCAGAGAGGAGUAGAUAUUUGAGAAGAUUUGUUCUGAAUUCUGACCUGGCAAAUCUAAUUGUGGAACGUCUUGAUAGAGACCUAUCUGAAGAUAAUGCCAUAAUUUUUGAAUGCAAUCCAGGGCCUGGCGUUUUGACACGUGCGCUGCUGAAUGGUGGAGCACAGAGAGUGGUGUCUUUGGAGGGUGACAAGCAGUUUCUCCCUGCAUUGCAGUCCCUAGAAAGACGUUUGCAUGGGCAAUUGGAGGUGGUGCAUUGUGACUUCUUCAAACUUGAUCCAAUUGGUCGUGGCCCAGUGAGACCUCCUGCCAUGUCAUCUGAAAAACUCUUCAAUGAUCUGGGAAUUGCACCAGUUGCCUGGACUGCAGAUAUACCAAUAAGAGUAGUUGGAAUUUUGCCACAAAAGAAUGAACGAAACAUGCUUUGGAAACUCAUUUAUGCUCUGUUUGAGCGGAUUUCAGUAUUUCAGCUUGGAAGAAUAGAAAUGAACAUAUUCAUGAGUGAGAAAGAAUACACAAAACUGACAGCAGAGGCUGGAAACCUGAAGCACUAUCAGGCAUUAACUGCCCUAUACCAGUUGGCUUGUGAAAUACAGCUGUUGCACAAGGAACCAUGGUCAUCCUUUGCUACAAAUUCUAAAAAUGGAGGAUAUGGGAUACAACGAAGUUCACUAACAAAUGAUCAUUUGUGUCUUGUGCGACUAACUCCACGCAAAGACUUAUUCACUCAAACCUUGACAGCUGCCAAUUCAUCCACGCUGGUUCUGAUGCUGAAGCAGUGCCUUACAAAACGUAAAGCUAAACUAAUUGACCGACUAGAGUCUUGGUGCCCUGGAAGUGGAGCGAAGUUACUGACACAGCUAGGUUUAUCAGAGGAUAUAUUAACUGGUGAUGUGCAUCCAGAAGAAUACAAGGAACUCUUUGAAGCAAUGGAACACUCCCAGGAUUUCAGUCAAAGUUGGCUUUAUGAGGAAGUAUUGGAGAACAUGAAUUCUACAGUAUCACACAUCUGAAUGCAUAACUGGGAUGGGGUGGGGUGAGGGGGGGGGGGGUGGUGCGGAGGAAUUGUCCUGCUCCUUAAUCCUUCAUAGUGUGAAUACUACCUAGAUGCAAUUGAAUCCAAAUCACAACAUCCCUUCAGGUGCUUCAAUGUGCAUUCUUAUAAGUGUGGUCCAUUUCUGACAUGUACCACGUCAGUGAAGACUUUAGUCUUGAUCAGAGCCUACUGAUCAAUUUUGCCUGCUUAUAAAUUACAAGCAAUAUUAAUCUUUGUAGGUCAUUUGAAUUCCUGCACAGAGCCUCACUUGAUAAUUAUGAAACGAGGUUCAAACAUGAAGACAGCAUAUUGUACAGAAAUGCAGAUUGCAGUACUCCGUGUUGAAUCAAACCAUCCAAAUGCUCUAUUUUAUUCAAUUUCGUUUUUAUUGAAAUGUAAUAUAAUCCUCAUUAAAUGCUCUUUAUUCAACAGUGAA